GCGCUACCUGCAUCCUGUCCGAGCUGGCGGAGGGGAAACAGAUGACUCGUCUGGUGCGUUGAGGGUGAAACCUGCCGAUUGAAGCCUCCCGAGGAUUGAUUCAGAAACCAGAGACCUCUUAAAACACAAGAAAGAGCUUUAAUAAAAAGAUGCAGUGAUGCGAUUUACCUCCACAGACUGAGUCCAGAUCCACUAAACCAGUCCGGCGUUCCUUCCCAUAUAAACUCCAAUGACCCACCACUGCUGACUCUACCUUUUUUUUACGUUGACCAGUGGGCGGGGCCGGCCCUGCUCGGGGGGCGUGGUCAGACAUGGACAGCCGAUGCAGCAGCAGCGCCGAUUCGCGGCAGACAGGCAGGGUGGCUGUCAACACCACGCCCAUCUCUGUGAGGGUGGAGUCGUACGAAGCCGGGGAGAAGAAGUGCAUCUCGGACGUGAGGAGGACCUUCUGCCUCUUUGUCACCUUUGACCUCUUGUUCAUCACCUUGCUCUGGAUCAUAGAGCUCAAUGUGAAUGGCGGCAUUCAGAAGCAGCUGGAUAAAGAAGUCCUGCAUUAUGACUACCACGCAUCCUUCUUCGACAUUUUUCUCCUGGCUGUUUUCAGGUUCGCCUCUCUCAUCCUGGCCUAUGCCGUCUGUAAGCUUCGUCACUGGUGGGCCAUCGCGAUCACAACUGCAGUCAGCUGCGCUUUCUUGAUUGUGAAAGUCAUUUUAUCAAAGCUGCUCUCUCAGGGGGCCUUCGGCUACCUGCUGCCCAUCAUCUCCUUCGUGUUGGCCUGGAUAGAAACAUGGCUGCUUGACUUUAAGGUUCUGCCUCAGGAGGCCGAAGAUGAAAACAGAUAUCAGUCCAUCAUGGAUGCCACAGAGCGAGCUCCUCUCAUGUAUCCGGGUCCUUUAUCUGACGGACAGUUCUACUCUCCACCAGAGUCUGUGGCAGACUCCGACGAGGAACUGGAUGAUAAACAUGAUCCAGAAAAAGGGCUCAUUCAACAGGUGAUUUAACAGGAUUUCCACUUCUGAAGGUGAAGUUCUUCUUCUUCUGCUCCUGGCGUGCUACUGAGGGAAAACUCUGCCUUACACAUUCUGCUGUUUUAGUUUUUAAAUCUACAAAGAAGAAUUUGUUGAUCCACAAAUGCACCUCGGUUUUCUGGUUUUGGCCUUUUACAUGUACACCAGAAUUGGGGGGGAAAAGCCGCUAAAGAAAAAGAAGCAAUUUCGCAAUUGUGACUUAUUAAUUUUAAAAGAAAAUGCGUAUAAAGAACUCUGGACCUUUAAGGAGAAUUCAUAUAAAUGGAUAUUUCUUCACAAAAUUGCACAUUGUGUCUGAGACUUUCCAUAUGCGUGAAAAGAAUCAAACUGAGAUAAAUUUCAGUAUUCAAUAUAUUUAAUUUUACACACUUCACAAUUGUCUAUUUCUCCUCUAAGGUUUUACUGUCUUAUAUUACCAAUGACAUGUUUACUUGUAAUUUGUUCUGCAUUUUCACAUGCUUGGGACUGAAGUCACUGUUUAAGGAAAAUAAGCUCCAUAGACUCUCUAUAAAGAAGGAUUUUUUUUUUGGCCAGUAUUGAGUUCACGGACUGAAAGGAGGAAUAUUUACUGAGUUUAUAAAACAAUUUUUAGCUUGUUUGAUUGGAUCAAACUACACUCGGGAUUAUUCUAAAUAUAUGUGACUACUUCUGGGUCUUUAAAGAACACUGAAAGAACAUGCAUGGAACAUUGAAAUAAUAUUAAGAUUUGAAGAUUGCAAAGUAUUAUACUCUAAAAUGAGCCAUAAAUCUGCAGCUUUUAUAGAUGAAUAUCUGGAAAACUGCACUGUAUGAAUCUGCUUUAAAAAAGCUGCUGUGACGGAGGAAAAACAAACAGUCGUACUGUACAUAUCAUCAUGCAUGCCUUGCAAGCCCAGUGGUUUUGUUAUGAAAAGCUUGUGUGUAAAAUAGAAUUAUUAAAAUGUGAAGCCUUG